GAUGAAGCGCUUUGAGUCGUAAUUUGGUCAUACUCAAACAUGGCUACCGUGGAGAGUGGGCAACAACUUUAAUAUUUGUAUUUAUAUGGGAACAAAGUAUCCCACUUAUGCUCUUGCAAAAUAGUGUAAUUGUAUAAUUGAUUCAAAGUAUGGGGUUUAAUGGUUUGUUUUUUCAUCCAGUGCUCUAAUUCGGGCGAUUUUCUUGAAACUAAUUUUUACGGGGAAUUGUAGCUAGCUUGCUCCAAGGCUGAGGGGAAUCAUUUGGAUAGCAAGCUGGCUAGCUAAUCGAAUGUUGGUACAAUUUCGCUCGUUCCUGUAUUCAGUUUUGUGUCCGGGCAUUCUUUUUUGCAUUUGGGAUUUAUCGGAGGAUUUUAGUUUCGACUGGCUGCCGUGUUUUUUAUCUACUGGAGCCUUUAUGGAUGAGUAAAAUACUGCCGUUACAAGACCGUUUGUGUUCAGCGAUGUGGGAUGAAGAGGAUAAAGGAAAGUGGUCUUUGGAAAUUUAGGGGGGACGGAGUGGGCUUCGCCGUUGGAUAUUAUUUGAAAUAUAUUGUCCUCUCCUGGAUUUUCUACGUUAGUUGGAGUACAGCUGAAAAACCUCGAUUUGCAUAGCCCACUGCAUCGGCUACCCGCUCCUUAUUCUUUCACUGGAUAGCAGUGGUCUUGCCCCAACCCCCAAGCCAUCGAAAACUAAACAAAGUACUGCAUGUCACAUAUGACAUUCAUGGUCAUGAGGGAAAUAAUUCAAAACUGAUAGGGUUGGAAAGAAUGUCAUCAGAGGAUAAGAGUCUGGACACCUCUGACAAAGGACCGCCUCCGCCUCCUGGCAGCACAGGGGCCACGCCUACAGGAAGUCCUGCCCCCACUGACAGACGCCCUCGGGGACGUCCUCGGAAAGAUGCAGUGUCCACAGCCCCCCUGCCUGGCCCUGCGACCAAGCCCCCAAAAAAGAGUCGAAGCCGUGGCAGGGCACUGUUGGAGGAUGAGGAGGUGGUGGAGACCGCAGAGUUGGCUGAGCCCACAGCCAGUCAGGAGAUAGAGCCAAAAGAGCAGCAGGAGAUGGGUGAGAGUGCCAUGUUGGUGGCAGGCGACGGCGAGGGGGAGGACAGCCCCUCGUUCCCCCUCCACCAGACACAGGAGGCAGCAGCGCCACCAUCAGCCUCGUCCUCAGGAGUCACCAAAAGCAGUGAACAGCUCUGUGCCUUCUGUUACUGUGGUGGACGGAGCCUCCUGGGUCAGGGGGAUCUGAGGAGAUUUGAGGUCUCACCCACUCCCAGUAGCCAAUCAGGAGGCAGCACGAGGGACGGCGACGGUGGCAGCGGUGGCAGUGACCCGGACAGCGGGGCCCCUCGGCCAACCGUGGCUCCCAGGGCGUUGUCGAGUGCGGAGGAAGGAGCUGGCAGGUUUUGGGAUGAGCUUAGUCACGUUGGCCUCCCUGAUGGCACGGAUGUCCAGACGCUCUUUGAUGAGUCAGGACGGUGCUGGGCCCAUCAGCGCUGUGCCGUAUGGUCGCAAGACGUGUGCCAGGGCGAGGACCAAUCACUGCUCAACGUGGACCAAGCCAUCCACUCAGGGAGCACACAGUGCUGUGCAUACUGUAAGCGCCUUGGAGCAUCCAUCAAGUGCUGUGAGGAGGGGUGCGAUCGGAUGUACCAUUACCCUUGUGCGGGGGCUGCCGGAACCUUUCAGGACUUCAAGAGACUUUUGCUCUUCUGCCCUGAUCAUAUUGAAUUAGCAAUUGACAGAUCUCUUGAGGAGGCCAACUGUGUGCUGUGCGACAGCCCCGGUGACCUCCAGGACCAGCUCUUCUGCACCAGCUGUGGGCUGCACUACCACGGCAUGUGUCUGGACAUUGCAGUGACCCCUCUGAAGAGGGCAGGCUGGCAGUGCCCAGAGUGCAAAGUCUGCCAGACGUGCAAGAACCCGGGCGAGGACACCAAGAUGCUGGUGUGUGACAUGUGCGAUAAAGGCUAUCAUACAUUCUGCCUGCAGCCGGCAAUGGACUCCAUACCUGCUGGUGGCUGGAGAUGCAAGAACUGCCGCGUGUGUGACCAGUGUGGCACGCGGACGAGUGGCCAUUGGCACCACUCGGGGCUGCUGUGUGAGGCCUGUGCCGGGCAGCAGGACCCAGCGCUGGCCUGUCCUCUGUGUGGUGGGGGCCUGGACCCUGAGCUCCAACCCCACCUGCUCUCCUGCCACAGCUGCAAAAGGUGGUUGCACCUGGAGUGUGAGCAGCAGGUGGAGGGCUUUGUGGAGCCCCUGCCAGGGGAGCACUAUGUGUGCUGCGGCUGCCAACGCACCAGCCCUGAUCUGGACCCACCGCACAGGGACCUGGAGGCCCGGCUCAUGCUGGCCACAGUCGGCGCCGAAGAGCCAGGGGACGCGCCGUCUGAGCCGCAGCCGUCCAGCCCGAUGGACUGCCCGCCCAGUGGAGCGCCUGAGGAGGAAGAGCGGGCGGCUGGCACCGGCGCCGCUGGUUGUGGGCAGGCAGGAGAGCAGGUGUCUGAAGCCAAACCUGAGCUGGAAAGUGAAGAGUUAUAUGAGGUUACAUGUGCUGAAGAGCCCAGGGCGACAGCAGCAGUGUCUCCUGAGGACACGGGGAGCCAGAGGCUGGAGUCUGAGGCCCCAGAGCCUCCCCUGCAGGCUGCAGAGCCUGAGCCAUCUCAGGCCUGCACGGCCACGGCAGCCCCCCAGGAAGAGGAGCCUGAGCCUGGGCAGGAGAAGCACGAAGCCCCCACCCCACCCACCAAAGAGCCCACAGAUGCAUCAGCACCAGCUGUGGAGGAAGCCAUGGAGGUCUCCGGAGAUGUCUCCCCAGCUGCUGAGGCGAGCAGAGAGGCGACCGGCCCGACCCUUGUGCCAAAGGAAGAGAGAGCAACAGAGAAGGAGGAGGAGGAGGAGGUGGAGAAGAAGAAGGGGCUGAAGGUGGAGAAGGAGCCCAGCUCCAUGGUAGUGCCGGUGAAGGAGAAGGAGGAUGAGGCUCAACUCGAACACCCUGUGGACAUGGAGACCACUAGUGGCGGGUCCAUCCUCCCCCAACCUGCGCCGCCAGCCGAGGCGAAGGGCGCCACCCACAAGCCAUCAUCUGUCCCAGACGCGCGGUCUGAGAGCACAUCUCCCUGCCCCCCUCAGGUGCCACUCUCGCCGCGCACGUCUCUGGACGAGACUGUCCAGGCCCCGCUGCAGCUGCAGCUCCCGCUGCCUGAGACCGAGCCAGAGCCGCCGUUCUCCCCGGUGGACUUCAGCACGGCCAUACCCCCCGCCAUGUUUCUACCCAUGACCCCCAAAAUUGGCAUGGGCAAACCGGCCAUCACUAAGAGGAAGUUCUCUCCAGGAAGACCCCGCGUGAAACAGGGAGCGUGGAGAGGCCCAGGCCGAGCUGUCUCCCCCUCCUGGUCCCUGGAGCCCCCAAAGACCAGGCAGCCCACCAGCACCCCUGCCUGGGGCAUCAGAGUGGGUCGAGGCUCAGGCUUUCCAGGACGGAGGAGACCCCGUGGGGCGGGCCUGUCUGGGAGAGGAGGCCGCGGCCGCUCCAGGAUGAAGAAUGGAGUCAGCCCCGUCCCCAACCCUGGAGUGGGUGCUGUGGAGCCAUCCUAUCUGUUCAAGGAGGAGGAAGAGAAUGCCAUGCACAACACUGUAGUCCUCUUCUCCAGCUCUGACUCCUUCACCCUCAAGCAGGAUAUGUGUGUGGUGUGCGGCAGCUUUGGCCAGGGCGUGGAGGGACGGCUCCUGGCCUGCGCUCAGUGUGGGCAGUGCUACCACCCGUUCUGUGUCAACAUCAAGCUCACUCGGGUGGUGUUGAGUAAGGGCUGGCGCUGCCUAGAGUGUACGGUGUGUGAAGCCUGUGGACAGGCCACUGACCCGGCCCGCCUGCUGCUCUGCGACGACUGUGACAUCAGCUACCACACCUACUGCCUGAACCCACUGCAGAACGUGCCCAAUGGUGGCUGGAAGUGCAAAUGGUGUGUCUCCUGUACCCAGUGCGGUGCCACGUCGCCGGGCCUGCGUGGCGAGUGGCAGAAUAACUACACGCAGUGCGCCCCCUGUGGUAGCCUCAGCAGCUGCCCGAGCUGCCUGCUGGACUAUAGUGAGGAGGAGAUCAUAGUGCAGUGCCGCCAGUGUGACAGGUGGGUUCAUGCCUCCUGCCAAGGCCUGCACUCGGAGCAGGAAGUGGAGGUUGCCGUGGACAAUGGCUUUGAUUGUACCCAGUGCCGAGGCCGCGCCUCCCCCUCAGAGACAAUAGCAGCGGUAGCAGCCAUGGCCGCCGCGGAGGCUUACGAGUCCCCUCUCCCUGUGCAGACCUUCCCCAAGGCUAAAGAUCUCGACCCGGCGCGGACCUACACACAGGACGGCGUGUGCCUGACGGAGUCGGGCCUGAGUCAGCUCCAGAGCCUGGCGGCAGCGGCCUCGCGGCGCCGGCGGCCCAAACCCAAACUCAAGCUGAAGAUCAUCAACCAGAACAGCGUGGCGGUGCUGCAGAGCGUCCCCGACCAGCCGCUGGAACUCUCCCGCGAGGUCGACCUGGACGACAGCCGCGAGGGGGAGGCGGAGUGUGAGGGGAAGUCUGACUCCAGCCCCGAAAGAGAGGUCGUGGACGACGACUCCAAAGGCGGUGAAGCUGGCAAGAAGAGGAAGAGGAAGCCGUACAGGCCAGGCAUUGGGGGUUUCAUGGUCCGCCAGAGGAACAAGGCAGGCCAAGCUAAGGCCAAGCCCGCCCUGACCAGGAAGGACUCGACAGGCUCUCUCUCCGAGAUCCCGCCGGCAAAGGACGAAACCUGGGGGGAUCCGGCCCCCGACACCCCACAGGAUGAGAAGCCUCCAGUAGCCGAGUUUCCAGAGAAAACCAGGAAACGGUACAGGAAGAAAAAGACCAAACUGGAAGAGGCCUUUCCCACCUACCUUCAGGAGGCCUUCUUCGGCAAAGACCUGCUGGACAAGAGCAAGCAGAGCCGCCAGGGGGUGGAGCGAGGCCUGCUGGAGGAGGAGCAUAUGCAGACGGGCAGGAAGACGCCCCGCCCCCAGUACAUGAGCCCCUCAGCCGAGUCUCUCCAUAGCAACACGUCCACUGCAGGUGCCGCCACACCUGGCAAAGCAGCCGCGUCCCGGAGUACCGAUGACCCCCUGGUGGCCCUGACUGACGUUCUCAAUACUGACACGGAUCUACUGGGGAUACUGUCAGGAGACUUGGGAAAGCCCUCCGAUGAAUCAGGUCUUGAUUUUAGCCCUUUCCAGGUUGAUGGCUCACCCCCUAAUUUUGCUGGACUGGACAUGGCAGAGGAAUCCCCUGCAGUACCCCAGACUCACUCGGGCAGGGCGGUGCGUGGCAUCCCUGAGGAGCCCCUGGGCGGCAUCCUAAGCCCUGAACUGGACAAGAUGGUCACCGACGAGUCCAUUCUCAGCAAACUCUACAAAAUUCCAGAGCUGGAGGGGAAGGACGUAGAGGACCUCUUCACGGCAGUCCUCAGCCCUAGCACCAGCCGGUCCCAGCAUCAGCAGCAACAGGGCCCUUCCGCCAUGCAUGGACCCCAGGGUGGCACUCUCCCUCACCCCCCUUCUGCUCCAGGAAAUGGGAUGUUUCCACGGAUGCCGAUGGUGAACGGCCUGGUGGACCCCAGCCAGCAGUUCUCUCCAUCCCAGAUGAACCCUGGAGCCGGCUCCUGCAUGACUGGCAACUUCAGCCCGCUGCAGCGCAUGCCCUUCCCAGACAACAUGAGGGAGCACAAGUUCCAUCCGGUGCCCGGUGGGGUGGGUGGGGCUUGGGCCGGUCCUGGCCCACCACCAGCGCCAGGACCGGGACCGGGACCAGGGGCUGAGGGGGAGGGUGACUCCAUGUCCACUGCCCAGAAAAGCACGCUCAAGUGGGAGAAGGAGGAGACGCUCGGAGAGUUGGCUACUGUGGCUCCGGUCCUCUACACCAACGUCAACUUCCCCGACCUUAAGGAGGAAUACCCAGAUUGGUCUACGAGAGUCAAACAGAUUGCAAAACUCUGGAGAAAAGCAAGUUCACAGGACAGAGCCCCAUAUGUGCAAAAGGCCAGAGACAACCGAGCAGCGCUGCGCAUCAACAAAGUCCAGAUGUCCAACGAGCCUGUGAAGAGGCCACACGCCCAGCAGCCAGUGCAGCUGCCACAGCCCCCGGAGGUGUUUGACCCCGCCAUCCCACCCCUGGACACAGAGCUGCUCUUCAAGGACCCGCUCAAGCACAAGGAGUCCGAGCAGGAGCAGGAGUGGAAGCUCAGACAGCAAUUGAGACAGAAGAGCAAGCAGCAAGCGAAGAUCGAAGCCACCCAGAAGCUAGAGCAAGUCAAGAACGAGCAGCUGCAGCAGCAGCAGCAACAGCAGCAGCAGACCGGCAGUGGGGCCGAUGGGGAAAACUCCGGUGGCCAGAGCCCGCUGUCCCAGUCCAGCAGCGGCAACCUGUCGCCCAUGCAGCAGCCCAAGAGCAACUUCUCCCGACCACCCCCUUCCACCGGGUCCAAGGACGACAUCUUCCUGCGUCCGCAGCUGCCUCCUCCUUCUGCCGGAGGCCAGGGCUCGUCCUCCCAGCCCCAGUCGCCGCAGAUGUUCUCCCCUGGCUCGUCUGGGUCGAGGCCGUCGUCUCCCGGCGAUCCGUACGCCAAGAUGGUGGGCACGCCAAGGCCCCCACCCAUGGGCACCAGUGUCCAGCGUAGGGGUUCUAUUGAGUCGGGGAAGUCACCCAGGUCUCUUUCAGAGGAGAGAGGCAAGCACGAACCCUUUGGGUCUCCGACGUCCCUGAGCAGCGAUCCCUAUGCCAAACCCCCGGACACCCCCAGGCCUGUAACCUCUGGAGACCCCUUCCUGAAGCCCAUGGGCCCCCCAAGGGCCAGCCCCUCUAUGGAGGGGAGGCACAUGAUGGGCUCCCCAGGUCACGAUCCGUUCUCCAGACCUGCACAGCGCAAAGAGGCCUACCAGCGAGGCGCCCAGAAUAGGAUGAUUCUCUCGGACCCAUACUCGCGUCCCUUGCUCACGCCCAUCCCAGGGAGCAAUGAGUCGGGCUCUGUCCAGCUCUUCAAAGCCCCCAUGCCACCCGGUCAAGCCCAGGACCCAUACGGAGGAAUGCAUCCUGGGCAACGACGGCCGAGCGGGGACCCGUUCGAAAGGCUGGAUGACCCAUAUGCCCAAUCCCCACUCACUCCACGGCCUGCCAUGGGCCAGGAGUUUGCCAGCCCCCAAAGGCCUUCCCGUCAGCCCCACCAGUUCUCCCAGCCUGGCCCAGUUAUGAGACAAUCUGCCCAGAACCCAUAUGUUCACGCACCCCCUACCCCUCGACCUGAUUACAGCCAGUAUGACCCUUACUCCCAACCCCCAGGCACGCCCCGGCCCAUGUCCGACCCAUAUGCUCACCCUCCAGGCACGCCUAGGCCGCAUGACCAGUAUAGCCCCUCCUCAGACCCAUACUCCCACCCGCCUACCACCCCCCGUCCGGGCCCCAGGCUCUCGCCCUCCCUGGCUGUGGAUCCUUACGCCCAGCAACCAGGGACUCCGCACCCAGGUAUGGGCGACAGGUUCCCCAAGUCCCCUGGCUGCCAGAGGAACCCUGACCCUUAUGCUCAGCCUCCUGGCACACCGAGACCCAUGACCAUGGGAGGGCCCCAGCAGAUGCUGAAUGACCCAUAUGCCCAGCCCCCGGGUACCCCUCGCCCCGGGGGUAGACCAGGCUCCUUUCAGGAUCCUUUCUCUCCACCUCAGGCAAGGGCCCAGGAGGCAUUCGCUCACCCUAUGGUCCCUGGCUCACAGACACCAAAGCAUCCCGGAAUGCAUGAUGAGAGUGUAGUUAUGCCGUCCAAUCCACCGAACCAGACACCCGUCCACGAUCCAUUUGAGCAGGCACCCAUGACGCCUCACCCACAGGUCGAGAAGGAACCGCAGGGAAUGGUGGGGCAUGGUCUCAACCCCAUGGGCACUGGGCAGAUGCCUCACCCGGCACAGUUCUCCGCACCGCCCGAAGCUCAAAGUGUUUCUCUGAUGGAGGCGGAGGAGAGGAUGAGACAGCGUCAGCGAAUCAGAGAGCUUAUCCUGAAACAGCAGCAGCAGAAGGGUGCCAAUCGUCAGGAGAAGGGUCCCCAGGAGGCCCCCAUGGCUCCAGGAACCCCACAGCACUGGAGUCAGGGGGGGCCAGGGCCACAGGUGGAGAUCUUCAACCGACCUCCACCACCGUACCCUGGCCCAGGGCCAGUGAGAGGCCCCAUGAGGUUUCCUGGACCCUUCCCAGGUGACCAGCAUGGCCCAAUUGCCAUGGAGGGGCAGUUUCCAGAUGGCAGUAAUAUGGGCAUAAGGCAACACAUGCAGAGAUUUGGGUUUCCUAGUGGACAAGGGCCACAUGGGCCUCUCAGACCUCCACACCCAAUGCAGGAUGCCAUGAUGGAUGCUCACCCGCAGAUGAGGAGGUCCAUCUCUGUCGAACUUGGGAAGUCAUUCGGUGGCCCUCCCAUGGGGCCCCAGCACUUCCCACCUCGGGGAAUGCCAGUCCAGCAGCACAACAUCAUGGGUCAGCCUUUCAUUGAGCUGAGACACAGAGCCCCAGAAAGCAGGUUUCGGCUCCCGUUUGGGCCCGCCGGCAUGCAGGGCGGCUCCAUGGACCCCCACGCCCAACAGCACAGGUUACCAGGGUUCAAUGUCAGGCAGCAGAUGGGAUUCCCACCUAAUCAAGGUCCCAGACCCAUGGAAGGAACCAUGAUGAAUCAGCACCAAGGAUCUGCUCCUCAGAUGCAGAUGUCCUCCAGCAUGGACAACCUGAACCAGUCACUUUGCUUGCCAGGGACUGGCGGUCUUCAGCAGCCACCCCUUAUGAGAUCCAUGAGUCAACCAGCCUCAAGUGAAUCGUCCAACGUUGCUCCAGUAAAUCUCUUCCCUGUGGCUUCCACUGAGCAUGCAGAUGAAAUUUCGAUGCCCAGCACUGAAGGAGAGAAGCUGGAUGCUGACGAGUCAGCCGUGAAAGACUUGGAGGAUGUUGAGGUCAAAGAUUUAGUUGACGCAGAUCUGGAAAACCUCAAUCUAGAUGCGGAAGAUGGUAAAGACUUGGAUCUGGAAACAAAUGAUUUGCACCUUGAUGAUUUCCUGACAUCUGGAAAAUUUGACAUCAUAGCUUACACUGAAACUGACUUGGACCUUGAUGUCAAGAAGGACAUGUUCAAUGAGGAUCUAGACCUCAGUGAUCCUAUAGAGGACCACAAUGAGACCUCUGAUCCACAGAAGGCACUUUCAGAGAAAAGGAAUACUGGUUCUGGCAGUGCCUCAACAAAAGGACAGUCAGACAAUAUACCAGAGGCACCUACAGGUAACAUUAAACAGGAAGCUUGUUCCAGUCAGGGCUUGAAAGAGGAGCCUGACAUUAAGUUAGAACCCAACACUAGUUUGUCUCAACCUCAGGGCUUGACUGCCUCUGGGGAUAUCAAGGGCUCAGACCUUUCUCAACCAACAGCAUCUCAGCUCUCCCAGUCAGUGAGUGUCCCUGACUCCACACCUGUGCUGUCCAGUCUACUGGUCAAGGAGAAGCCAGGUGAGAUGUCUCUCAAACAAGUGGAUGCCGCUUCUGCUGUUCAGAACAACCCAGAAGUGUCCACCUCGAACAUUCUCAAUCAAAGCAACUACCCACAGCAAGACUUGAAUCCCACCCUGGCUUUGGAACAGACCAUGGGUUCUACCCACGGAGAGACCGCAAUGGGAAACUCAAGCCAGAUCCAAGGGCAGGCUGCAGGCCAGGCUUUUGGGUCGGAUCAGUUGGGAGCCCAGGAUGCGAUGCUUGCUGAGGAUCCACAAGCAGGCACCAGCCUGCUGGGCCAGAACAGGCCCCUGUUGCUGGAGGAACAGCCCCUCUUGCUUCAGGACUUGCUUGACCAGGAGAGACAGGAACAACAGCAGCAGAGACAGAUGCAGGCCAUGAUAAGACAACGCUCGAGUGACUCGUUCUUUCCAAACAUAGAUUUUGAUGCAAUCACAGACCCCAUCAUGAAAGCUAAAAUGGUCGCACUGAAAGGUAUCAACAAAGUCAUGGUUCAGAACAACAUGGGGAUGACGCCCAUGACUGUCAUGAACAGGCUUCCACAAGCUGUUCAGCAAGGACAGGGGCCUCCGUGGCCUGAAGGUGCUCCAGUGGCUCCUCAGGUUCCUGUACAAGUACAGGAUGCCAAACAGGCACCGCAUAUGGGUAGGCCCAAUCUCCCUGCUGUUGCACCAGGAUUUUCAAACGACGCGCAGCAGAAGGCUCAGUACGAGGAGUGGCUGAGGGAGACCCAGCAGCUGCUACAGAUGCAGCAGAAGUUUCUAGAGGAGCAGAUCGGGGCCCACCGCAAGUCCAAGAAGGCCCUCUCGGCCAAGCAGAGGACCGCCAAGAAGGCCGGCCGCGAGUUCCCAGAGGAGGACGCUGAGCAGCUGAAGCAUGUGACCGAGCAGCAGGGUGUGGUGCAGAAGCAGUUAGAGCAGAUCCGCAAGCAACAGAAGGAGCAUGCGGAACUGAUUGAAGAGUACAGAGUGAAACAGCAGCAGCAGCCGCAGUGCAACAUGCAGCCACCACUGAUGCCCGGCAUGCCAGGUAUGCACGGCCCCCCUGCCAUGAUGCCCGUCCGUCCACCCAUGAGCCAGCCAAUGAUCGGCCCAUUGCCCCAGAUGCCGCAGAUGCCAGUCCACCCAGGUCAGCCUGGCCCAGCUCGCCCACCCAACAUGCCACCAGGCUGGCGUCCUGGCGGCCCCAUGGCAAUGCCUGGCCCUAUGCCCGGCCCUAUGCCCAUGGGAGGCCCUAGGAUGCCACCCAUGAUGCCAGUCCAGGGCCCCAUGCCGCAGCCCCCCCAGGUCAUGCCAGCCGCGGCCCCUGCCCCUCAGGCGGGUGGCGAAUCCCCUCACGUGAACUUUGACGACACCAACCCGUUCAGCGAGGGCUUCCAGGAGCGCGAGCGCAAAGAGCGUCUCCGCGAGCAGCAGGAGCGCCAGCGUGUGCAGCUGAUGAAGGAGGUGGAGCGCCAGCGGGCGCUCAAGCAGCGCAUGGAGAUGGAGAUGCAGCAGCAGCAGCAGGCCCUCAUGAGUCCAGAGGGCCUCCUCAAGCCCCAGAUGGCCCCCAUGCCCAUGUUCAACCAGGAAAUGCCCCACGACUUCCUGCAAGCCCCGAAGCCUCCACAGCCCCAGCACCCUGGCCAGAUGUUCCCCCAGCAGCAAGGCCAUCCGCCUGGACUCAGCGUGGAACCUCCAGGCGCCUUCAUGGGCAACGGGCCAUUCCCUCAAGACAUGGGACCCGGAUUUUGGCCAGACAAUCCCGGUAUGGAGGCGGGCAACUUUACUCCAGGUCAGCCUAGACCACCCAGAUUUGGUGGGCCCAACAUGAUGCCUCACAACGCGGGCAAACCCCAUCCCUUUGGGCCAGAUUCCUCUUUGCCUCUUCCACCAAACUUCCCGGGCUCAGGCCCAUCGCUGAUCCAACUCUACUCUAACAUCAUCCCCGAGGAGAAGGGCAAGAAGAAGAGGAACCGCAAGAAGAAGAAGGACGACGACUCUGGCUCUCUAAACGCUCCAUCCACGCCGCACUCCGACCUCACCGCUCCUCUCACGCCCUGCGUCUCGGACACGUCCUCCACCCCGACGCGGCUCUCACUGCACCAUGGAGAGCAGGACCUGUGCGAGUCGUCUCAGCCCGGCUCUUCGACGCCCGGCUCAGCCACCAGCCAGCCUCCCUCCGAGCUGGAGAGGCAGCUCUCUGGAGGUAGCUGCGGAGGCGGGGGCUCCUUCCCGCUCCUAGAAGGCCACUCCAGCAUGCCGUCUGGUCAGCUGGAUCGGAUCCUCAGCAACAUCAAGCUGGAGCAGGUGGAGGGCGCCAGCGAGUGCCACGGGCCCAGAGCUCACGAUAUGGAGCACAUGGGCAUGGUGAAGAUGGAGGCGGAGAAAGAGGGCACCUCACCCCACGCGGCUGGCCUGAGUCCAGCGCACAGCUCCAAGGGCGAGAUGAGCAACGAGCUCCUCAAGCACCUGCUCAAGCACAAGCGGACGCCGCCGGCUGCAAUCCCGCACCAGAGGUCAGAGGACAGCCUGCGCUCCGAGGAGGACGGCUGCAUCGACAGCAAGAACUUCCUCAGGCAGAACUCCCUGGACAGCAACGGGACGGUUUCGGACAGCCAGAUGUCUGGGCAGCCGGAAUUUGGCGGCUCCUCGCUGGCCGGCGAGCAGACCAAGCGGAAACAGCGGAACAAGAGAGGGCCCAAAGGUGCAGAGCGCCCGGUGCCGCGCUCCAAGAAAAGGAGGAAGGAGGAAGAGGAGAGGAAGGCCGCCGCUGCUGCCUCAGACCCUGCCAUGACCCACCUGAAACAGCUCUCUCUGUUGCCCCUGAUGGAGCCCUUGAUUGGGGUGAACUAUGCCCACUUCAUGCCCUACGGUGGCAGGCAGCUGGACGGGGAGAACCGCCUGUCCGGCUCCUUUGGAAGCGCAACUCUGGACGGCGUGUCCGACUACUACUCCCAGCUCAUCUACAAGCAGAACAACCUGAGCAACCCGCCCACUCCGCCAGCCUCGCUGCCCCCAACGCCGCCUCCGGUGGCGCGGCAGAAGAUCCUCAACGGCUUCGCCACCACCGAGGAGCUGGCCAGCAAGGCCGUCAUGGCAGGCCACGACGUGACUAAAGGCCUGCUGCCCAGGUCCAUGCACGUCCAGCUCAAGGCUGAAGAGGAGUUGCUGGCCAGGGCACUGUCCCAGGGGCCGAAGACUGUGGACGUGCCGGCCUCUCUCCCCACUCCUCCGCACAACAACCAGGAGGAGCUCAGCAGAGGCCAGGAGCACUGUGAGGACCGAGACUCGCCAGACAGCUUUGUCCCCUCCUCGUCCCCUGAGAGUGUGGUGGGCAUGGAGGUCAGCCGCUACCCUGACCUCUCCCUGGUCAAGCAGGAGCGCCCCUCCCCUGCCCAGUCACCGGUCAUCCCCCUGCUGCCCAGCUGCAGUGGCAAAGAAGCAGGACUGCUGAACAUCAAAAAGGAGCAGCCCUCCAUGUUCUACGGACCACCCUUUGGGGCUCCACACAACGGCAGCAACGCGGGGCUCGUUUCCAUAGCAAUCACCCUCAAACCAGCUGCUGCCGAGAACAUCACAGGGGUGGUGGCAGCCAUCGCCGACCUGCUCCAUGUGAAGAUCCCCAGCAGCUAUGAGGUGAGCAGCGCCCCAGACCGGCCCUUCCACGGCGCCCCCGGUGGCCUCAGGGCGUCUCUGCAGGGCCCAGAGCUCCGGCACUCCUUCAUGCUCCACGGUGCUCCAGGCGGCUUCGGAGGCCCUGAAGGGGGAGCAAUGCGCUUCAUUAGGCCACCGCCACAGCAGAGGGCCCUACACAUGCAGCAGCAGCAGCACCACCACCAGCAGCAGCAGCACCAGCAGCAACACCACCAGCAGCAACAGCAGCCUCACUGCCCCUCUGACAGAGGUGCCACCGUGUCCAGAGAGCAGUUUCUGAAAGGUCAGGCCAGCCCUGGCUCCAAGCCUCAGUGGUGCCGCCACUGCAAGGUGGUGGUUCUGGGAAGUGGAGUCCGCAAGUCGCCCAAAGACGGCAAACCCACGCAGCAGGACAUUCAGUCCGGUGCGGAGGGUGACGUGGUCUUCUGCAGCCACAGCUGCCUCAUCCUCCACUCCGCCUCAUCGCCGGCCAAAGCUCCCGUGGACACCAAGGAGUCGGUGGAGCUGCUUCCUGCCAGCGAGCCAAAGGAGAGUCCCUCCAGAGCCCAGCACCCGUACAGCAACAACAUGUCCUCCCUAGACGUGCACUGCCUGGCCCAGCUGCAGCCCAAGCCCUCGCCGCCCCUCCCUACGUCUCCACUGCCCGACCCGCCCAGCCCGGAAAAGCCGCUGAAGGCCGAGCCCGAGCGCCCGGAGAUCAAACCGCCCGAGACCCUGAGGGUGACGGUCAAGCUGAAGUCCCGCAGCGGUGGCGGCUCCGAGCAGCCGAACCACCACGGCAAGCGGCACAAGGCCCAGCGCUGGCAGCGGUGGAGCGUGCGUCUGCAGCUGUCGCUGAAGAAGGAAGGACACGCUGGAGCUAGCGGUGCGCAGCUCCUGGACGACGAGGUGGAGGUGGACCGUCUGCUGGCCAAACUGGCGAUGCCGCUGCGCCCCAGCCCAGCGCUCCGCGACCGCCGGCGCUGCUGCUUCUGCCACCAGGAGGGUGACGGACUGACGGACGGUCCGGCGCGGCUCCUCAACCUGGACCUGGACACCUGGGUGCACCUGAACUGCGCGCUGUGGUCCACCGAGGUGUACGAGACGCAGGCCGGCGCGCUCAUCAACGUGGAGCUGGCACUGCGGCGCGGCACGGCCGUCCUGUGCGUGUGCUGCCAGCGCUCGGGCGCCACCACCGGAUGCCACCGACUGCGCUGCCUCAACAUCUACCACUUCACCUGCGCCCUGCAGGCCGGCUGCACCUUCUUCAAGGACAAGACCAUGCUGUGCCACGCACACCGGCCCCGGGGACAGGCCAACGGCAGCGCCAACGGCUUCGGAGGGCCAGCGGCCUCGCCCGCCGCACUCGCCGGCUCGGCCCUGCUGGAGCACCAGCUGCGCUGCUUCUCGGUGUUCCGCCGCGUCUACGUGCAGCGCGACGAGGUGCGGCAGCUGGCCGGCGCCGUGCAGAGGCCCGAGCGCGGUCACACCUUCCGCGUGGGCAGCCUGGUCUUCCACGCCAUGGGCCACCUGCUGCCCGGCCAGAUGGCCGCCUUCCACUCGGACGCCGCCAUCUUCCCCGUGGGCUACGAGGCCAGCCGCCUCUACUGGAGCAUGCGCCACGCCAACCGCCGCUGCCGCUACCUGUGCUCGGUGGAGGAGCGUGGCGCCUGGCCCGAGUUCACCAUCCGUGUGCAGGAGCCCGGCUACGAGGAGCUGGUGCUCACCGACAGCAGCCCCAAAGGAGUCUGGGAUAAGGUUCUGUGUCCCGUGGCUGAGCGGAGAGCUGAGUCCAGCACACUCCGCCUGUUUCCCGUCUAUCUGAAGGGAGAGGAUCUGUUUGGACUCACCGUCACUGCAGUGGCCCGCAUCGCCGAAUCGCUGCCUGGAGUUCAGGCCUGUAAGGGUUACCGGUUCCGUUUUGGGCGGAACCCAAUGCUGGAGUUGCCGCUGGCUAUUAACCUGUGUGGCAGUGCUCGUGCUCAAGCCCGGAGCAGCCCCCACCAUGACAGGCUCCUGGACGAGAGCACUGCCUGCAGCCGCUCCAUCCAGAACUCGGCCCCUCCAGAGGGGGGCACGCCCUACAGCAAGCACUUUGUGCACUCCAAGUCCUCCCAGUACCGCCGGCUGCAGAGCGAGUGGAAGGCCAAUGUCUACCUGGCCCAGUCGCACAUCCAGGGCUUGGGUCUGUUUGCAGCCAGAGACAUUGAAAAGCAGACCAUGGUGAUUGAGUACCUUGGCAAUAUCCUGCGUAAAGAGGUGGCCAGCAGAAAGGAGUUUUCGUACAAAUGUCAGAAUCGCGCCGUGUACAUGUUCCGCAUUGACAAUGAGCACAUCCUUGAUGCAACUCUCACUGGAGGACUGGCAAGGUAUAUCAACCAUUCUUGUGCUCCCAACUGUGUGGCUGAAGUGGUGACGUUUGAGCGUGGAUACAAGAUCAUCAUCAGCUCCAACCGGCGCAUCGAGAAGGGAGAAGAGCUCUGCUACGACUACAAGUUCGACCAGGCGGACGACCAGCACAAGAUCCCAUGCCACUGUGGAGCAGUCAACUGCCGCAAGUGGAUAAACUGAUGUGCUGAUGCGUCGACAGCAAAAGGAAGGGGGGAAAAGACAAAUCAACACAUGCAUUCCUUGCCAUAGUUCACAGGCACAUUAGUCUCUGUGGAGAACAAGUCCUUCAAUGACUAAAAGAAGCAUUUUCAAUGGGGCUCAGACGCGCGCCAGCCUUGAGUGGUGUGCAGCAGAGAUUGGUCGAGGUCUUUGUCAUAAUAAACCACUGAACAUAGUCUGCAAGGGAACAUUAAACGGUAGAGCGUUUGGCAAGGGGCAGCAGUCCUCACUGUUCUCAGAGGAAGACGGUUCAGUGACCCGCAUUUGCCAUGAGUGCAUGUGUGUGUGCGUGUGUGCAUAUAUGCUAUGUGUGUGUGUGUGUGUGUGUGUGUGUUUCAGGGGGCAGAAUUCACCAGCGAAUGAGAGGAGAGCACUGUGCCGGCCUUGCCUUAUUGGUUGCAAGAGGGGGCAGGCCCUUUAGUUUAAUCGUCAUAGACCUAGAUGUGUACAGUAGGUUUCAAAUGUAGACACCACUGAAUGGAGAAUGUACGGAAUGAGCUUCCGCGAAGGGAAAAAUUAACUUGCACUAAAAGAAAAACACAAACUCACAAAAAAGAACACAUUAAAAUACUUGAUUCCAUGAGUCAGUUUUAUCCUAAUUUUCUCUCUUUGGUUUGUGUAAGAAAAGAAAGCAGUUUUGUAUUUAUUGCCGAGUGAAUGAAUGAUGAGUGAAUUAAUUAAUGGAAAAAAACUAUGUGUUUAAAAAAAUCAUUGCCAAACUGUGGUUGCUGUCCGCGGUUUGUGGGAACCCUGUUUCAUGUGUACAAAGUGUAUAAAAAGAAAAAUAUAGGAAUGAUUGACCAAAUACUACCUUAACCAUAUGGAUGUUUGGGUGUUCCGUAGGCGUGUUUUGUUUUUUGUCUUUGCAGAAUUAUUUAAUGCGGUUGUCCAAUAUUGUUUGGAGAGAAUAUAUUAUAUGGCUAUUUUGUACAGAAUGUGCAAAUAAUUUCAAGAAUUCACAAGAAAGUAUUUUUGUUGUGCUUAGACUUUAGUAUGCUAGUGUUUACUUUUCUGUGAUUUUCACAUGAAUUCUGACCACUUGAAUAGUCUUUUUAUAAAUAUAUAUAUAAAUAUAUUUGUGGUUUUCAUCAAAGAUAGUUUGGUCAUGUGUUACAGUAGGUGACGUCCAUCACCAGAAGCCCCAGAGUGGACUAGAUCAUUAUGACAUCCUUGUCGAUCAGGUUUCAUUUCUGAAUUAGUGAGAACUGUGAAUUUUUAAUCCACCCAAACCGAAUUUUUAAUCAUGUUUUCAACUUUGUCACAAGUAGAUUGCAUUAUGUUUUGCUCUGGGUUUUUAUAUGUGUUUUGUACAUAUUUGUAAUAUGACAUUGAGGAGUUUUUUGACUAUUCAAUGAGUCUCAGAAGGAAAACUGGUAGCUGUUUAGGUGUAGUGUGUUUUCCUGAGGGCUAGACACAAAGAAAGCAUUUAGUACAGAAACCGUUUGCCAGGAAUAUGUAUGCUUAGUCUUCAGAGAUAUACUUUUGGACAACUGAAUCAAGAUGGCAUUUCGUUUUAUACCCUAACAACCUUAAUCCUGUACUCACUUUUCUCAAGCCUCACAAAUGAAAUAUAGUUCUUCAGUUUGAACAGCUUGAAGUUGACAAAUUGACAGUCUUGAACUUGUAUUGUACAGGGCAUGUAUUUUUGAACUUGCAAAAGAUAAAUUGUAUAUAUUUUCUCAAUGAACAAUUGUAACUAAAUUGUUUCAUGAAUAUUUUUCUUGUCUUGUAAAAUAAUGGUGUUUGCGCAAACCUUUUUUUGGCGUUGUCAUGUACAGUAGUCCAUAAUGUUUUGGGAAAUGAAGCCUUUUUGAAGUAUGCAGAUAUGGGGUUUGGAACUGAAUUUAGGAGCAUUUACAAAAAAAUAAAAUAUUUUACAUCUUAA